AUGGUCCAGGUAUGGAGUCACCCGUUCCCGAAGACGUCGGCGUCCCCCGGGGACGGCAAGAUUGUCGCGAAACUGCUGCCCGGCGGAGGCAACGGGCUGGAGGCCAUCGCCUACCAGUAUCCGCUGAAGCUCAUCUCCCCGACGUCUCCCUCCGGCGGCCAGAAGAGCGUCGUCGUCUUUCUCUUGUCAUACGGAGGCGGCCUUGUCGGCGGCGACUCCGUCAACCUGGGCAUUGAGAUUCGCGCCGGAGCAAGCCUCAGUCUCGUCACCCAGGGCCACACCAAGAUCUUCAAGUCCCCCUCGCCAGAGGUGGUCACGAGCCAGACCAUGACGGUCAAGAUGGAGCAAGAUUCGGCGCUCUGUCUACUCCCCGACCCCGUCCAACCUUUCGAGGACAGCGUGUACACGCAGACGCAAAUCUUCAAGCUAGCCAGUCGAUGCUCAUUGUGUCUUUUGGACUGGGUUACGGCAGGCCGCACCGCUCGUGGCGAGAACUGGAGUUUUGUCAACUGGAGGGGUCGCAACGAGGUCUGGCUGACCGGCGCCGAUCGAUCUCGAGAUCGGCUGCUCGUCCGGGACUCCGUCAUCCUCUCGCGGGAAGGCAGCACCACGGUUGGCCUCCCCUUGAGAGACACGAUGCACAAGAUGUCCGUGUUCGGAACGCUCAUCCUGCGGGGUACCAUGCUCGAGCCUGUGGGCAAAUUCUUCCUAUCCGAGUUCGACGCCCUACCACGCCUAGGCUCCCGCGACUUUCGAACCAAGGAGGCGCGGGAGGAGGAGACCAAAAACAUGUCCAAUUUUGAGCUGUGGCGAUCUGAGCGGAUCGAGCGGGAGAAGACCCAAGGCGUCUUGUGGUCUGCGGCGCACGUCCGUGGCUGUGUCAUUGUCAAGUUCGGGGCGCCAGAUGUCGAGGCUGGCAAGGAGUGGCUUGGGACAUCAGGACGAGCUGGCGGCUGGUUUGGAGGUGGCGGCGCGGGUGGCGGACCUGGCGGCGGCUUCCACGGCGCCGGAGGCAGAUCGGGCAAGUCUGAGGGCAAAGGCUUCGCCGAAGCGGACGGCUCACGAAUGCGCGAAGCGAGAAUCAACGCCGACAAACUACACGUCAUGGCUCCGGAGGAGGAGCUCGACAGCGAAGACGAGGCCAUGAUGGCUACGCUCAGCGGCCGGGCGCCGAGCGCCAUGCCCAUGGGCAUCUACAGGAGAGAACACAAGGAGACGGGCAUCGUCGUCGCCACCACAGCAGAGCUCGAGGCGGCCGAAAACGCGACGGGAGAGGAAGAGAGCCUCUGGGUCGAUGGCGACGGCUCCCUGCCGCUGGCGCAACAGCCGGAGGAGGACGGCAUCUGGGACCCGAAGCUGGAGGGCAAGGUUGCCAUUAAGAAGGAGCCUGACACCGAAGACGCCAUGGACAUCGACCCUGCCUUGACGUCACCAAAGCAGGAGAAGAAGCCGGUGCAGAUCGCGAAACCCAAGAAGGAGAUACCACAAGAUCCGGAGGACAAGAUCAUCCAAGCAGACAUGAACCUGCUCGCCAGCGAGCUGGGGGCCGUUACCGUCACCGGCGAGGACGGGGAGACCAAGUCAGAAGGCCCAUCGAACAAGGACGGCCGGAUGUACCUGUUCCAAUUCCCGCCGUUAAUACCGCCCCUCAAGCAGGUCGCGGCGCCGCGGCCAAAGGUCAAACAAGAGGACAAUUUUAGCCUGGCGGAUGCGCCGGCCGCGCCCGUGGACCUGACGCAGGAUGACAGCCGGCACGCCACUGCCGACGCGGACGAGGAGGAUGACGACGACGAAGACGAGGACGAGACGGGCGGGUUCCGAUCACAGCUGCUGUCACAGGGCGGCAUGAUUGGCAAGCUCAACGUGCGCAAGUCGGGCAAGGUCGAGCUCGACUGGGGCGGGACGACGCUGGAGCUGAGCCCGGCGGCUGGCAUGAACUUCCUCACGACGGCGGUCAUCAUGGAGGAGAACGACGAGAAGCCGCAGCACGGGGUGAUUGGCGGCGACAGCAUCGGCAUGGGCAAGAUCAUGGGGCGCUUCGUCCUGUCGCCGGUGUGGAACGACGAGGAGGAGUGGAACGUUGCAGCCGAAGAGCUCGCCGUGCCCGAGUCAUGA